AUGUUUACAAGAGCAACUGUUUUAUUUAUAAUAUUAAUUAUAAUUUUUGACCAUUCAAAACAAGACUGUUCCAAUAUAAAAAACACUGUAAAUCAUCACCCGCCCUUGAAUUACUUUAUUUUUGUGGAUGGAGUAAAUGAAUUUCCGCCUGGAUUUCCAAACAAAAGCCUGCUCAUAUUUACUCCAGAAAACACAGCAGUCAAUACCUCAGUUUACACUUUCAAAGGCAACAGCUUUGAAGCAACAGACAAAGAUAUUUAUCCUAAAAAUAAUGUGACAAUAAGAUAUGCUAUUCAGAAUGAUGUGAAUAAGACCUUUGAGAUAACUGAUUCCCAAAAUGGUGUUAUUCAACUGAAGAAAAAGCUUGAUUAUAUCAUUAAGAACUUGUAUAUUCUCAAUAUAAGUGCUACGGAUGGGGAGUUUUUUGGUUUCAUGUUAUUGAAUAUUCAAGUCCUGGACAAUGACAACUUGCCACCAGUAUUCACAUCUUUAAAAUAUCAGCUCUCUGUGCCUGAAGAGGCUUACUAUCUUCUCAACACUAGCUUGAAAACUGUACCAGAAAUACAUGCUUAUGAUAAAGACACAGGCAUUAAUCAAACCAUUAAUUACAAAAUUCAUAAAGAUACAAAAAGUGAUGCUUUUCUAAUUAACAGCAGCUCAGGGAAACUCCAACUCAGUAAGGUUUUAGAUCGAGAAACACAAGAAAAGUAUACUGUCUUUGUACAGGCUUACCAAACAGAUUUACCACUAACAAAAACUGCCAUUGCUGUUGUUGAGGUAACAGUUUUGGACAUUGAUGAUAACCUGCCAGAAUUUGAAAAUGAUGUUUACAAUGUACAGGUUUUAGAAAAUGCUCCAGAAGGUCUCUUUGUAUAUAAAUUUUCUGCUGUAGAUGUUGACAAUAGUCCAAACAAUAUUUUCACUUAUAAGCUAUAUGACCAGUAUAAUGCCUUUAAUCUGAAUGCUACUACAGGAGAACUUACAGUAAGAAAUUCCUCUAUUCUUGAUAGAGAAACACAUGAGAUGAUGAAAGUUAAGGUUUCAGCAGUUGAGAAGACUGGGAAUGAGAGUAAAAUGUGUGAUCUAAAUAUUAAACUUUUAGAUGUGAAUGACAACAAUCCAGUGUUUGAGAGAGCUGGUUAUUUACUUUUUGCUAAGGAUUUAAGUAAUGGAAGUUACAUAGGAAGUGUUGUUGCAACAGAUGCUGAUGUAGGAAAGAAUGCAGAACUCCGAUAUGGCCUCACAGAUUUAGUUCAGUGGGGGGGAAAGCCGCCGCCCAUUUAUAUUGAAGAUAUCAGUGGCAGGAUAUUUGCAAAUACUUUUCUAAGACCAGCCACUUCCUACAAAUUCUUUCUCCAGGCUUGUGAUUAUUUUGGUGAUCCUUCCUAUCAUCGCUGUACAAAGGUGCCUGUGAUGAUUGUAGCCAAAAAUGCAAGCAAAAGUGAUAAUACCAGGAUUGUACACCAUGUUUAUGUUGAUGAGAACACACCCAUCAAAACAAGGCUGAUUGAUCUAAAAACACUUUUUGAUGUAAAUGUAAAUGAUCACACACCAACAUUUAGUCAAUUGGAAUAUACGUUCCUUAUUUCUUCAAAAAUGCCUGCUGGUCAUAUCAUUGGAAAAAUUAGUGUGACUGACAGAGAUGGUUUACCUCCAAACAAUGAGACAUUUUUUGUCAUUCCUGGAAGUUUCAGUAUUUCAGAAUUUGUAAUAAUAGACAAUAAAACAGGGAAUUUAUUGUUGAAGAAACCUCUACACUCACAGACUGACAAAAAUAAUUUAGAAUUUCUGGUGAAAGCCACAGAUGAAGGACAUCCACCACUCUCUUCUUUGGCUACUGUCAGGCUGAUGUUUAAUAAAAAUUUGAAUGUCUACAUGAUUUCAACUAGUCUGUCCAAACAACUUGUGGAAGAAAACAAAGUGACCUUUGAAAAAAAUAUGACUGCUAUUUUAGGCAUUCAAAUUGUUAUUGAAAGAGUGGAACAUGGUGAACAUUACAACUCAGGUCAACAUCUACAGUUAGGAGGUUCAACCAUCUAUCUUUCGGGAACAGAUACAAAUGGAACAAAAAUUUCCAGGGAACAACUGAGAAGUUUGGUUCUGUCAAAGGAAAUCCUGUUACAAGCAGUUUUUGACAAAAAUAAACUUAAAACAAUUCCUGACUACUGGAAACCGGGAACGACAGAAAUUUCUUUACUGGUUUUAGCUACUUUCCUGCUCAUCUGCUGUAUCAUCUGUAUUUAUGUCGUCUGUGUUAAGCAUCAAAUGGAACAAAGAACACGACGACUGCUUCAUAACUUGAAUCGAGAUCAGUCACUGUAUAUUUCCCAAGAACUGAAACUUGAGGCAUCAAACUAUUCCGGGAACUCCCUGGUUUUAUCCAGUAGUACAAUAACUCCAUUCAGUGAACAUUCUCCCACCUCAACCAGUCAAAGUAAUUUCACAGAAGUAACCUUGGAGUCAGAAUCCAAGAGAGUACGGUUUGCCAAUAAUGGCAGUGUGGAAGAUUUGUCAUUAUCCACACUCACACCUGAUGAUGAGUCACCUGUGGACAACAUUAAUUUACAUGAACAGGAUACCGUUAAUAUUGAGAUCAGCACUCCUGUUGAUUCUUGGUCUCCGUGUGACAAUGAUCAUAGUGAUGAUGAUGGGAUAUUUUAUUUUUCCUCUUCCUCUUCUUCCAUGACUCAUCUAUGA